GUGAGUAGUGGAUCUUAGAGAGUUGGUCAGUAGGUCAGUGUGUCCGGGUAGGUCUAAAUGGUGAGGAGUGGGACGUUGUCGUGCACCUGACGCCACAAUGGACGACCAUCCGAUGUAUGGGUUGCUGGUUGGGUUCUCUCUCUGGGGGACCCUCUGGCGCCUCCUCUUUCCUCUGGGUUUCUGGCCCACUUUCACGUGUAGAGUAGGGCCCACUCGUGGUGGUACUUCCACCACGCCAUACACGAAGGAGGAGGAGGAGAAGAUGGCCGCCAUCUUGCAGGAGAGGAAGGAGGAGAAGGAGGCCAAGAGGAAGGCCUUGAAGGAGGAGCAGGCGGCCAAAUUGAAGAAGAUAGAAGAAGAGAUGGCCAGGGAGAAAGAGAGGUUGAAAAAAGAAGAAGCGAAGCUGAAGGAGGUGGAUGAAGAAGAGGAAGGACCGCCACUGCAAAGGAAGAGUGGGCAAAACAGUGGCAGCAGCGGUAAUAAGAUGGAGAAGAAGAUUUCGGAGUGGGUCGCCAACUUAUCCCUCGGCGAGGAAGAAGAGGUGAUGAUGUACAUUCCAAAGGAUGACCAAGAGGCUGCCAUGAAGGCUUGGGAUGCAGAGAAAGACCCUCUUAGGCGACAGGCACUGGAGGAUCAACAGAGGAUGGAGUGGAAACUUGCCAUGAUGAGGGAGAAGAAGAGAAGGGUGGAUGCGGCGAGUGAAGCGGUCAAAGAGUUGGAGGAGGUGCAGAAACGCUGCAUGAACGAUUUGUUUAGGCCGUGGUUAGACAGGUUUGUUGUAGUGUACCUAGAUGACAUCCUAGUGUUUAGCCGGACCCUUGAAGAGCAUCAGGGUCAUCUCAGGCAGGUCUUGGAGAAGUUGAGGGAAGCUAACUUCAAGAUCAAUGCAAAGAAGUGCGAUUGGGCGAAGACCCAAGUGUUGUACCUAGGCCACGUCUUAGACGGAAACGGCGUUAAGCCAGAGGAUAGCAAGAUCGCCACGAUUAGAGAUUGGCCCACGCCACGUACGCUGACAGAGUUGCGCUCGUUCCUGGGCUUAGCUAAUUACUACCGGAAGUUCGUGAGGAACUUCUCCACUAUCGCUGCGCCCCUUCGCAGAUUGCUAAGAAAAGAGACAAUCUGGAAGUGGGACAAGGACUGCACGUCUGCCAUGAAAAAGUUGAAGCAGGCGUUGAUAGAGUACUCGGUCCUUAAGGUUGCCGAUCCGUCCUUGCCUUUUGUCGUCACUACGGAUGCUAGCCAGUACGGCAUAGGCGCAGUGUUGCAGCAAGACGAUGGCAAUGGGUAUAGACCCGUAGAGUUCAUGUCCGCCAGAAUGCCUUCAGAGAAGGUCGCGACAUCUACCUAUGAGAGGGAACUCUACGCUCUCAGGCAAGCCUUAGACCACUGGAAGCACUACUUGCUUGGGAGGCACUUCAAAGUCUAUUCUGACCAUGAAACGUUAAGAUGGUUAAAGACGCAGGCCAAGAUGACACCUAAGCUUACUAGGUGGGCCGCAAAGAUAGAUCAGUACGACUUCGAGCUCAAGCCUGUCAAAGGGAAGUACAACGUAGUCGCGGAUGCUCCGAGUAGAAGGGCUGAUUACUUUGGGGCGAUAGUGCAUUAUCUUGAUAUAGGGAAGGACCUGCAGCAGAGGGUUAAAGAAGCGUACACGCAGGAUCCUAUCUAUAGUGACCUCCUUAAGAAAGUCAAAGAGGCCCCAGAGACUGAGCCGAACUACCGCACUACUGAAGGAUUGCUAUUUGAGAAGACUAAUGUCUUUGACCGGUUGUACAUUCCCAAUAGCGAAGAGAUCCGUAGUCUGAUCUUGGGAGAAUGCCACGACACAGAGGGUCAUUUUGGUUGGCAGAAGACUUUAGCCAACCUAAUGAGCGCAUAUACCUGGCCAGGGAUGAAGAAUGACUGCGUAGAGUGUGUUCGCAGUUGUAAGGUUUGCCAGCGUAACAAGAGUUCUACGCUCGCCCCGCUAGGUCUUUUCAGACCCUUGCCCAUUCCGAACCAGCCGGGGGACUCAGUGUCCAUCAACUUCAUGGACACUCAAGUCAAGAACAGGCAUGGCAAGAGCCAAGUCAUGGUCAUAGUUGACCGAUUUAGUAAAUACGCAGUUUUUGUUCCUUCGCCUUCAGAGGCACGCACUGAUUUAGUCAUACAGAGAUUCUUUGACUGUUGGGUUAGUGAGAAUGGAAUCCCGCUGUCGAUAGUUAGCGAUAGCCAGAACUGGCAAGAACUCAUGGGAGUGUAUGGAUCUAAGUUGUUGAUGUCGUCCGGCCGUCAUCCAAAGACUAACAGUUAGACAAAGCAGAUGAACAAGAUCCUACAGCAAGUUCUGCGCAUGUACAUUAGGCCACAUCAGAUAAACUAGGAUGAGAUGU